UGUAUCCAUAUGCAUGUCACUCACUCCAAAAUUUAUAGAGUUAAUUAUGGCUCUAAAUCUUGUUAAACUUUCAACCUCUUUCCUUUUACUCUUUUUAGGAAAUCCAUUUCCCAUUUUUGAGUCAAGAACCAUAAAACCCUCCAAGGUUCCAUUCAUCAAAACUCUCCAAAACCUUAAUGGUGCUCAAAAAGGACAAACCCUAAAAGGCAUUGGAGAACUCAAAAACUACCUUAAAAAAUUUGGCUUCCUAAAUGUUCAACAUGAUGCUAUUACUAAUCCUCCCACUAUUCCAAAUAACCACUUUGAUGAAAACUUGGAAUUUGCCCUAAAAGAUUUUCAAACAUACCAUAACCUACAUGUAACUGGUCUUGUAGACACAACAACAAUAAAAAUCAUGAGCCUUCCACGUUGUGGUGUCCCUGAUUUGCAUCAUCAUAGGUACAAAGAUAUUGGAUUAAUGAGGAUGUUAAAUUAUACCUUCUUCCCAGGCUGGCCAAAAUGGAAUGAGUCGAGAAGAAACUUGAAAUACAUGUAUAAAUCAAGUGUUGAUGCGUUGACUAUGGAUGAUGUGAGGAAAGCAUGUGAGAAUGCAUUCUUAAGUUGGUCGGAAGUUAGUGAUUUCACGUUCACGGAAGUUGGAGUUGCUAGUAUGGCCGAUAUAAUAAUCGGAUUUCACUGUGGUGAUCACGGUGAUAAUUCUCCAUUUGACGGACCUGGAAAUGUUCUUGCUCAUGGCUUUCCUCCAGAAGAUGGAAGACUUCAUUUUGAUGGUGAUGAACAUUGGACCAACACUCCCACGAGUCUUCAAGAUGAUUUUGGUAUUGAUGUUGGAUUGUUGAGGAGGACUAAUUCUAUUAAAAGUCCAAUGGCAAUUGUGAAACAAUUUGAUUUAGAAACGGUGGCUUUGCAUGAAAUGGGUCACCUUUUAGGGCUUGGACAUAGUAGUGACCCAGAAUCAGCUAUGUUUCCCCAAUAUUCAGGUGUUAGGAGAAAUUUGAAUCAAAAUGAUGUGGAUGGAAUAUUGGCUCUUUAUGUGCUUCAUAAAUAACUAGAAACUAGAAAAAUAAUUAAUCUACUUCUUGUAAAAAAAGUCAUUUGGGUUAUAAGAAAUAACUUGUUUUUAAAGGACAUUGAUGUAUUUACUAUAUUAUUCACCAAGAAGAUUCUCACAUCAAUAGGAUGAUUCAUGUAGUGAUAUAAUUUAGAGAGUCUUUAGGGCGAGUCAAGAGGCACAUUCUUGGCCUUUUAUCCUCUUGAAUCUCUCAUUCACUAGUUCGAGCGUCUUUAUUUUGGUUUGAGCGUCUCUUGUCUAGAUGUGUCGCUUGAGUCUUCAAGUUUCUCGUACAUGACACACAAUCGUGCAUAGAGUGUCUAAUGGGUCCUAGAGAUUACAUAGCAAGUCAGGGAACUUAACGCUCGUAUGGGAUUUCAAGGAAUCAUCCAGUCACUCUUAGAAUGGUUGCUGAAUUUUAGGGGACUCGGUUCAGUUCUGUUGCUCUCUAAAAUGUGUAACAUGCAAGUAUACAUGUAUGUUUGAAAGUAGCAAGUGAUAAAAAUUAAAGAUAUCGUAUCCAAAGGGAGUGAAUUGUUACUUAGGUUGAUUUUGUAAGAAACUAUCUUUUGAAAUUAAUCAUGAGCAAGAUAACAAAUAAUAUUGAUUAUCAAGAGUUCAGUCUUCACUUAAAACAGUUCUAAACAGUGUAAUGUGGGAAUGGAAAUAUAUCAAAAAUAAAUGUGUUGAGCUAUGAUCCAUUAUUAUUGUAGAAGUAAAUAUGUGUUCAUGAUGUGAUCUGUCGUGCUAAGCAAGCCUAUCCCGCCUAUUCGUUCAGCCUAUUCCGCCUUAAGUCCGCCCUGUUUUUAGUUAAUUUUUGAAAUUUCAAUUCUUGAUGGUUUAAUUUAUACAACUAUUUGUAAAUAAAUGCAACAUUUUUUAAGUAAAAUUUGUUAAAGAGAUAUUAUAUAUAAAAAAUUUAAAA